AUGUCAUCUCUUUCAUCUUUGUCAGGUGCAAGUGGCAAACUUUUAAGACGAAUCCAUCGUGCGUGUCGUCCAACUCUUGAUGAGCCAAACAUUGCUCUCAAUUUGGAGAUUUGUGACUUGAUCAAUUCCAAGCAAGGUUCCCUUCCUCGUGAGGCUUGCAUAGCUGUUGUGAAGUUGAUCAAUUCUAGAGACCCUCAAGUCUCGGAAUUGGCUUUGACCUUACUAGACUAUCUAGUUAAAAACUGUGGUUAUCCUGUCCAUUUGCAAAUCUCUAGAAAGGAAUUUUUGAAUGAGCUGGUCAAGAGAUUCCCAGAGAGACCUCCUCCUGCUUAUUCGAGAACCCAACGGUUGAUUUUGGGUACCUUGGCAGAAUGGGUCCAAACACUUUGUAAAACUUCCAGAUACAAGGAUGAUCUAACCCACAUCAAAGAUAUGUAUAGACUCUUAAGAUCGAAAGGUUACGACUUCCCUGCGGUCAAAAAGGAAGAUGCUGCAGUGUUAAACCCAAGUGAUAACCUCAAAUCAAUUGAAGAACUUCAACAAGAGGAAAGAAUUGCUCAAAGUGCCAAGUUGCAUGAAUUAAUCAGAAGAGGUAGACCCCAAGAUUUGAAAGAGGCAAAUGACCUGAUGAAAAUUAUGUCCGGUUUCAAGGAAGAUGAAACUUUUGCGGAAACAAAACAAAUUGUUUACGAUGAUAUAGAUAAAUUAAAGAGAAAAAUAACAAUUUUAAAUGAAAUGUUAGAUAAUGCCUCAAAUACGGGUGUAUUAAAUAAAGAUGAUGAUACUUUACAAGAAUUAAUAUCUACAGUUAAGGUAUCUCAGCCUAGAGUUCAAAAAAUUAUUCAAGAGGAAGGAGAACAUGGUGACGUUCAGGGUUUGUUAGAACUAAACGAUAGAAUCAACAAUACCUUACUCAGAGCCGCCCAAUUGAAAGGUGAAGAUACGAGUAAAAUGCCGGCCGCUACUAACUCUGUUAAGGCAUCUGUAAAUCUAAUCGAUUUUGAUGAUGACGAACCAGUGUCUCCUAACCCUAAUUCACCGGCCCCAAAUACACACGAUGCAAUCAAUGACUUACUAGGCGAUUUAGGUGGUUUGUCAUUCGAUAAUAGUAGCAGCAACAAUUCGAAUUCACAGUUUGGCAUGGGUGCCAUAAACUUACUAGGAUCAUCAACAGCUGCUUCGAAUAAUUCACCUGCAACUGCUGCGGUUGCUUCAACUUCCCCUGUGAAACCGGCUUCUAAUCUAGAUAUUCUAUCUGGUUUUUCCUCGGCUUCACCUGCACAAACACCUUCAAGUCAAUCACCAUUCCCCUUAGCUGCAAACAAGCCCGUAGUUACUGCAAAGCAGCCGGUAUCUUCCGAACCUGAUCUUUUUGGUUUUGAUUUUGCUGCAACUUCACAAGUCACUCCAUCACUGAACUCUUUCUUUAAGGAUGAAAACCUAACGAUUGAAUACGUCAUCAUUGAGGAGCAACCAACCUUAAGUUUACAGUUCCAAUUUUCCAAUACAUCGUUUAAUCAAUUGUCGAAUAUCCAAAUAUAUCUGGCUGCUACCAAGGCAUUUGAAUUAACAUUAGAUCCACCUUCUUCUAAUACCUUAUAUGCAAAAACAUUACAUGGUAUCAAGCAAAAUAUAAGCAUUAGAAGUAAAUCAGGAGAGGCAUUUAAUACUGUCAAGCUUAAGUACAAGUUGAACUACAAUAACAAUGGUUCUCAUACUGAAAAACAGGACGUUGUGACCAUCAACGUAUAA